CGUGGCAGAAAAGAAAAGGCGUCGGCCUUGGUCUCAACCCUGCAAUCCUGCUUGGGCGGCUCUCCUUGCCUUAUAUCUUCUCUUCUGCUCUGCUCCCAUCUUGCAUCCUGUUCGCCUCCCCGACCAACUAACUGACCGACCAACCGACCAUCCGGCCGACCCUCCGACCAACGAGUCAUCCUGUCCAGUCCACGGAGCUCAUUGGCACCCCCGUCACCGCACCAUCCGCCUGAGGGAAAAUGGACCUGUCCUUGGCUCUUGCAAAUGCCGGCAUCAGAACUGGAAAAGAUGGAUUCGAAUUUCAGGGUGACCCCAUCACCGACUCGCUGCGGCUCCUCAGAGACUUUCUCUGGUCCAUCAACACCGCUGCUGCUGCCGAACAGAUCCAGGCGCUUACUCUGUCGCUCCUCUGCUUCGGCAGCGAAGGGCCCCAGCCCCACAUCUCCUCAACAUCCGGCCUCUUGACUUCUACUCACUACAACUACUCGCUGCCCGUCACUGCCAGCACCCCUAUCCGGCCCAAAAAUCAGCCUCAGCCCCAUGCGCAACCCACCAUCGGUACUCCUCCCCCAUCUCCAACGGCUAUCCCAUCAGCCUCGCCGACCCUGCCUGCUCCGGCUCCCGCUCCAACUCCAGCUGCAACCAAUGUUGCCUCCUCGACCCAGUCGCUUGAACCUGUCCUGCUCCCUGAGUCCCAGCCUCAACCUCAACCCCAGCCUCAGCCCCAGCCCCCCCAGCCCCAGCUCAUGAGCUCGGCGCCCACGACGCUCCCUGCCGUCGCUGCUGUUCCGUGGGAAACCUUCCGAGUCUCCCCAAAGUCCGGCAAGGACUUGCGACAGUUUGCUACCCUCCGCAACUGGGAGGAGGGCCGCCUCGAGCGAUGGUGGGACUGGCGCGACCGACAGCUGCUGCUGCUUCUGCAGGAGGAGCAGAUCCGCAAGCGUCGCCGAGAGUUCCUGUCCAAGCUGAGAACUCACCCCUGGAUCACGGGCGAAAAGUCGACGGCCCCGCGCGUCACUCGCCCGACCGAGGAAGAGCAGCGCCGCGAGCACCGCCUGCAGUAUCUCACCAAACUCCGGACCUACGUGCCUCCUCCCGAAGAGCGGCAAACCUCCGAAACUACCCCUGUAUCACCUUCGUCCGCCACGGCCUCCCCGACAGCGCCCGCGCCAGUGGCAGUGCCAGCUCCGGCUCCCUCUGGCUGUGCACCUGCCGCCGACGAAGCCAAGCCUGAGAAGGACAGCUCCUCCGAGACUGCCCGCGCCUCGCACACCACACGCCUGAACACUCUCGCAACCUUGAAGCAGCGCCGAAGCCUCGAGAACAUCUCGGCGACUCCCAUCGAUCAGAUUUGCGUCGGUGGCAGCAAGUUUGGCCAGCAGGAGGAGGCACCCUCGCAUUCCUCCGGCGCCUUUGUCCGAUCAGGCGUCACCGACUGGGACAGGUGGUGUGCCCAAGAGACGCUCCGCAACAAGCGCGAAAAGAUAAAGUCCUAUCUCGACUCGGCCAUCGUCCGCAUGGCUGCCGGCCCCGACGCCCCCGCAAGCUCGUCGCGGAACAAGUUUGUUGCCCGGAGAAAGGUCCUGGAGUGUCCUCCCUCGUAGACAACCAGACCCUAGCCGCGGACACUGUCGCGGACCUCCCAGGAUCGGACUGUUCGGCCAGAG